AGCGAUCGUCACAAAGGGAUUGCAAAGUGGAUUCGAACAUCUGAGAAGGAAACCCAGCACUUCAAUGAUUUGUGGCAUGUUUGCAAAGGACUUUCCAAAACAAUAUUAAAGGCUAGUAAAGAAAAAGGCUGUGAGUUGCUGGUGUUUGGGAUUAAAGGUAUCCACAACCACUUAUAUUGGUCGGCUAUGUCUACUAAAAUGGGAUAUGGAGAUAUGAUUGUGGCAAAAUGGAAAUCCAUUGCUAGGCACAUUACAAACAAGCAUGAAAACCAUCCAGAUGAGUUGUUUCCUAAAUGUGCUCAUGGAGAGCUAGAUGAACGUCUAUGGCUUCAAGUUGGAACUAAAUCAUAUCAGCGACUUUCCUCCAUUCUGUUGAAAAAAUCUGCUCUCAAAGAUGUUAAAAAACUAUCUUUAGAAGCACAAACUAGUUGUCUCGAAGGCUUUCAUUCAACAUUAAAUGGUUGGCAUCCAAAGAUGACCCACUUUUCUUGGCUUGGUACAUAUUGCAGGCACGUACUGGCAGUACUUCAUUUCAAUGAAAACCUUCACAGACAGCCAAAAAAAAAUGGAACACCAUAUUAUUCUGUGACAUACCCAAAAUUUAAAUCAGGGGAUGAAGUAGUAAGAACUGUUUCUUCAGCACCAUCAUAUUGUAAGUUUAGCAUGUAUGCAUUGGUACUCUUGACUUACACAUCUAACCACUUGUCAUUUUUCCAGACUAUGUUAAUGAAAUCAAAAUGUCAUGGUUCUUAGUUGUGAGGAAUCCAUGGACAACAUAUUUAAGAAGUAUAAGGAAAAGUCCCAGAAGCCUUAAACAAAACGUUCUCGGAUCGAAUUUCCAAAACUGAGGCAAUCCAACGGCAUUUGGAUAGGAAACAACUAUCUUCAACACCAUUGUUUCCCACAU